AUGCUCAAGGGUCAGAAAGAAAGACCGAAGGAGUUCCCCACCUUUGUAACAUGUCCCACUGAGAUGGUUGCAAUGUCCAUGGCGGACGGAUUCAGCCGAUUGACAGGCCGUGCUCAAGCAGUUGUGGUCCAUGUCGACGUGGGCACCCAGGCGCUGGGACCUGCGAUGCAUAAUGCAUCCUGUGGAAGAGCACCAGUUCUAGUUUUCGCUGGACUAUCUCCUUACACACUAGAAGGGGAGAUGCUGGGAUCGCGCAACGAGUUCCAACACUGGCUGCAAGAUAUUCCAAACCAAAGGCAGAUCAUCUCGCAGUACUGUCGAUAUACAGCAGAAAUAAAGUCCGGCAAGAAUAUUAAACAGAUGGUGAAUCGCGCCCUUCAGUUUGCUAAUAGCAAUCCACAAGGCCCAACAUAUCUUUGCGCAGCGCGGGAGGUUAUGGAGGAAGAGUUACAACCUUACUCUCCUUUCCCUAUGCAUCCGGUUCACUCAGCUGCCUUGCCAGAAAGUGGCGUUGAUAAAAUUUCAACUGAUCUGGUCAAAGCUCUAGAGCCACUUAUCAUUGUUGGUCGUACCGGUCGGUCAGCAGUCGCCACAGAGGCUCUUAUCGCGUUAGCGGAUUUGAACGGUCGAAUGCGUGUUCUUGAUGCCGGUGGAAGUGACAUGUGUUUUCCAAUCAGUCACCCCGCUGCCCUUGGUACUAAAUAUGGCGCUCACAAGGCCAUCGAGACCUCUGAUGUCAUCCUGGUUAUCGACUGUGACGUUCCCUGGAUUCCUACACGAUGCAAGCCUUCUGACGCUGCGAAAAUUUAUCAUAUCGAUGUUGACCCUCUGAAACAGAACAUGUCUUUGUUCUACAUUAAUUCAACAGCGACGUACGAAGCCGAAUCUACGACUGCGUUAAAGCAGUUGGUGAAUUUCAUAAGCUCGAGUGAGCGACUCGGAGAUAUACUUAGUUCACCCGACUCUGUGACUGCCCGUACUUCUCGUUGUACCGCCCAUCAAGAGUGGAGAACAUCGAUCGAGUCAUUUGCCGCAUAUAGUCGCAAAGAUGAUGCUUCGAUAAGCGCACAAUAUCUCGCUUCUCGUUUGCGCAAGUAUUGUCCUCCAGAUACAAUAUGGGUUGUUGAGGCUGUGACCCUUACAGAGACAAUUGCCGAAGGCAUCUCUGCAACUUUGCCACAUACAUGGAUAAACUGUGGAGCUAGUGGACUCGGAUGGUCUGGCGGGGCUGCACUGGGUGUCAAGCUUGCUAGCAAGCAUCUAGGCCAACAUGAUAAAUUCAUUUGUCAGAUAGUCGGUGAUGGAGGAUACAUGUUUUCCAUUCCUAGCUCUGUCUACUGGAUAUCUGGUCGGUACAAACUGCCAAUACUCACCAUUGUCUUGAAUAACCGAGGUUGGGUGGCGCCUGGCCGAAGCCUACUGAUGUAUCAUCCUGAUGGUGAGGGCUCAAACGCCAGUAUGGAAGACCUCGCCACAUCCUUCUCUCCAAGCCCCGAUUAUUCGGGCAUUGCUCAGUGUGCCGCUGGUGGCAACCUAUGGGCUAAUCGAGCAUCCACUGUGCAGGAAUUGCUCAACCUGCUACCAGCGGCUAUUGAGAGCGUCAUUCAAGGAACGGGGGCUGUUUUGGAGGCUGAAUUGGACGGUAGUACGACAUGA